AUGAAUACAAUUUCAUCGCACAUGGAGAACGCCGAUGAAGAAGACGACUUGAAGCUCAUCAAAGCCUCUGUUGGACUCUUGACCGACCUCGAACAUGAUCUUCCCCGCCUACUCUUCAAGCCUGGCCAACGACGAGCACACACGCGCGUCAAGAAACGCGAUCUGGACCGCGUCGUCAACCUCAUUGAGCCCUUCCAAGGCGAGCCUCAGCUUCUCGAUGCCAAGUUGAGAUUCGUUCUCCCUCCGAUUGUGGAUGCCUAUCUGGAGUUUCUGUCCCGGCCAAAUGCGCGAGAGAAGACUGAGCACAUCGAUCUGGAAACGGCGGUCCGGGGCCAGAAAGUGAUUGUUGGCUUUUUGAACAACGAGCCGAAGUAUCUGGAGCCUUUCCUGGAGGCUCUGGAGCGUACAGUGUCCAGCGAUGAUUCUCCGAAGACGGCGUGGAAGGUGCCAUAUGUUUUACUGCUUUGGCUCUCUCAUCUGCUGCUGACGCCGUUUGACUUGGAAUCCAUUUCGGACAAGCCUGCAUCUGUGAACAGCGACAAGGAUCGAAUAGCUUUCUCUCUCCUCCUGCCGCGCUUGGCGACUCGUAUCUUGAACAUUGGCCUCGCGUAUCUGGCAACUCCAACGAAGGCGCAAGAUGCAGCAGCGGCCAUGCUUGUCAGACUGUCCAUUCGGCCUGAUGUUCAAAAGCAUAAUCUCGCAGCUGCGCUUGUCCGGGAGCAACUCUCAACACUUUCCCAGAGUGCGUCUGAAAUGCCAGACAUGUACCAAAUGCUUGGAGGUCUUCGACUGGUCGCCGGCGUGGCAUCAUCUGCCGAGCUGAGUCACCUUGUCCCCGAUAUCUAUCGCACUUGUGAAAGGGCAUUCGAAGCAGACGACACCUCCAGCCUCUCGUCGAACGCUGUGGCAAAGAAGAUCAUCGUCAAGAUCUUCCGAAAUGUACCCAUCCUGGCUCUGCGGUCGGUGUCUUCGCAAGGUCCUUUACGAAGCUUCCUCGAAACGACAGAUGUGCUGGAAAAUGUUAUUGAUUAUCUGCUGCGGUCUGUUGGCGACAAAGAUACCCCAGUACGAUAUGCUGCGGCAAAGGCCCUCAGUCUGAUCAUCUUGGAACUUGACGCGGAGAUGGGGCAUGAAGUUGUGCAGGCUAUCAUUGACUCCUUCAAAGAGGACAUGCCAAGAUCUGCUCAAGCUAUCGACUUCACGACUGCCAAUCCUCUAAAAUGGCAUGGCUUGACGCUGGCAUUGGCUCAUGCUCUGUUCAAACGCUCUGCGUCGCCAAACCAACUGCCAGAUAUACUUGACGCUCUGAUCUCCGCACUUCAAUUCCAGCAACGGACUGCGACUGGCACUACUCUCGGCACCAACGUCCGAGAUGCCGCAAACUUCGGGAUCUGGUCAUUAUCACGCCGAUACACCACCUCUGAGCUGUCGCAGGUGAAGGCCAGCAGUCUGCAUUCCAGUAACCGAGCCGGCGCGGCGGAAAGUAUCAUACAUGUCCUUGCUGUCCAACUGAUCCUCUCGUCGUGUCUGGAUCCAGCUGGCAACAUACGUCGUGGAUCUUCUGCAGCUUUGCAAGAGCUGGUCGGUCGACAUCCAAACCAGGUCCAUGAAGGCAUCUCUCUAGUGCAGAUUGUCGACUAUCAAGCCGUUAGUCUACGCAAUCGAGCGAUGUUAGACGUUGCGAAAAAGGCGGCUGUCUUGCACUCCUUCUAUUGGGAAGCCCUGCUUGAGGGUCUAUUUGGGUGGCGAGGUCUAGGCUCUGCUGAUGUGCCCUCGCGGCAAAGCGCUGCGACAUCAAUUGCAAGGCUAGACGAAGUCGCACCGACGGACAUGAGUUCACAAGUGCUGGAGAGCGUGCUGCAGCAAAUCGAAGCAUGCCCGGCGAAAGAGGUCGAGAGCUUACAUGGACUUGCACUGGCACUUGCACUCAUUGCGAAAACCUCAAGUACAACGAGUGCAGUCUUGACCGGCUCACAACAGGUGGAUCUAUCUCAGCUACUCACCACACUGACCCGGCUCGAGUCUGCUUUAAGUGAUUUCUCCCCGAGAAUGCUUCGUUCUGAGUUCCCAGCGUCUCUGGCUCAGCUGACCACUGCACUUUGCGAUUCAUGUUUUGAAGCUUUCGAUCGCGACUUGCCUGCCUUGCAAACGCAGGCCGUACCGUGGCAGACGCUCGAUGCCAUCGCCGACAAGCUACUUUAUCGGCGAGAAGAGUGGAUCCUGCAAGUCGUUCCUGACCUUGUCAAGUCCAUAUUGCGACUGAGAAGGGCUGCAAGCCAGCCACUUGGCUGUCUUGGAGCUUCAGCUUUGGCUGAAAAAGUCUCUGUGGAAGGUGCAAAGAGCACUUUGCACAGCGUCGGCAGGGCGGUCGCCUUAGGGGCUCUUGCAUCCGUCUACGAUACUGCUGGACUCGUUGGCGCUAAGGCAGCAGGGUCAAUCGAGACUCUAUGUGGACUGAUGACAGUCAUGAAUGUGGACUGGCGGAUCAUAGGAGCACGAGCUCUCCAAUUGACCGUCAGCAGCGUUGGCGAUGCACAAACGGCUGACGAAACGAUCGUUGCUUCCAUCUGUGCCGCCAUCCACACUGGCCUGAAUGACUACACUGUCGACGAGCGAGGAGACAUCGGCUCCCUGGUCAGACUCCAAUCACUCUCAUGCGCCUCUGCCCUCCUAGCAUCGCCUACAUUCAAGCGUCAGGAGGCUGCUCUCCAGGUCAUCCAGGGUGACGUCUACCGCUUGUCGCUAGAGAAGCUCGACCGAGUACGUCUGCAGGCCGCUCAAUGCCGGCAGCGCUUCCUCGAUCUCAAGAGCGACCUUCCCAUGGUCGACGUGGCGAGCGUCUCUUCACUGGAACACUUCGAGGCCGCCCUGUCACCAUUAUCUUCACCUUCAACACCCGAGUGGACCCAUCGAGCCUUGCUAGAAGGCUGCAUCCUCUGCGCAGGGGUGGGCGCCGAGUCCCUCCUCAUCGCCUCCCGCGAAGCCCUCCUAAACUGCCUUCACACAAUGGACCUUCCUCUAUUGGAACACCUCCUAACCCUCUACACAAUCGUCAUGAAAACCCUCCUGCUCGAAACACCAAACACCCAACCAAGCCUCGAACUCCUCGCCUUCCUCCUCGACAUGCAGAUCCCCCAACGCCUCGCCACCUCACCAACAUUUAAAUGGCGCAACCUCCUCUCCGUGGUCCAGAAAUCCCACCACAAGUCCAACGACAUCGGCAAGAUCCUCGCGGCUGUGCAUGUCUAUAUUGGACUUGCGGAGAUUGAGAGUAUCCGGGAGGAGGUUCUGAAGAAGGUUGUGAGUAUGUUGAAGACGAAUCCUUAUCCCAGGGUGAGGAUCGCGCUGGCGGAAGCGCUGUGGAUGGUGACGGGGGAGGAGGCUUUGAAGAGGGUUGAUUGGGCGCUGCCGGUGGCGGGGAGUAGGGUGGUUUUGGAGGAGGUGCAAGGGAGGUGGAUUGGGACUGGGACGUGA